AACAAUCCAAACAUAUCUAGUCAGAGGUUUACUGCAUUACAUCUUAAUAAGGACUCGCUGUUGUUUUAAAGAAGAAAACACAUCAAAAACAACAACUUUAAAUUUUAGCAUGGAUUUUCGAGUAUUACAAUCGUCUAUUUUUAUCGGAUUAUUUAACUGCAUUUUAGCGUCUAAGGUUUAUGAGUGGCAGAAUAAUUGGGGUUCAGGCUUGUCGACUAAGGAGUUUGCUCAAAUUCAUGAACUUGACAAAACUAUUACCCACUAUGCAACAGAUGAAAGCGUCUCGGGAAAAAGUUCCCCGGCUGUCAGCCUUUAUGAUCUUAACACGAGAGAAGAUGAUUUUAAAAAGGGAAUACUUGCUAUUAGACCACUCGUGGCAAAAGGCAGUCAAGUCUGUUUCAUUUCACAAGUGGUAAAAUACUGGCCUGGAACCGAAAAAGCUGUAACUAACCGACAUGGGGUAUGAUAUUUUGUGCUUAUAUUAUUCAAUUU